UUUGGUUACAAUGUCAUUGCACCAACCACUGACAUCGGUCUUAAGAAUCAUAAAAACACUAAAUACGACGCAGAAAGUUAACUGAAUAGAGCUCAAUGGGAAAUACAAAAAAUAAAUUAAUUUCAAUCACGAUGAGUGACUCCACGAACUCCACUAAAUUCCGUGUAUCAGGCAAGAAACCUGAAUGUUUCAAAAGUUUCUCCGAAAAGAAAACUGCCGAGAAAACAUCAAUUUGCUUACAAUCGCAAUUGUAUAAUCAAAACCAUUGUACGGAAGUAUUAAUGGAGUCCCCGUACUCUUCGAGAGCGCACCCCAGCAAUAAUGGAUUUAUCCGAACCGUAAUCGAUUGCUACAACGACCAUCACAACCUGGUCAUUCGUCCUGAUGACAUUUGGACGGCUAUAUUGACUCAAUUCUCGUUUUAUAUCAAUAAGAAUGCUGAAGAGUUCCGCAAUCAAUUUGUCAAUUUUGAAGGGAAGAAAGAACUUGUUGUUACCAUCGGUGGAACACUUCGUGCAGCACCCUAUGACCUGUUCGUGACGAAAAUGACGGAGAAAAUCGACGAGAAUCUCGUGGAUAAAACGGUGAAAAAUUGGAUUUUGCCAAAUUUUUCAACAACCACCACCGAGGACAUGAUUUCUUGUGGAAUUGUGUUCAUGGCAACGAUGAAAAAGUACUUUGAAUUUACAUGUUGUCUUAUGUGUGGCAUUCCAUACAUUACUUUAGAAGGAACACUAGCCGACUGGGAAAGUAUCCUUAGUCGACUGGAGAAGUUGAAGGAUUACAAGUUGGACAAAUGGUACGAGAUGCUGAAACCAAUUCUGGAAGAGUUCAUCGCCGCCAAGAACAAUAAACCAAACGUCGAAUUUUGGAAUCGUAUUUGCAACAACUUGGGAGGUGGUUCCGGCCCCAGCUACAUUAGUGGAUGGUUGACUGCAUUCGCUGUUUUCGAUGUGGAAGGUAAUUGGACGGAUCAUGGUAGUCAGGAAUAUGAAGUAGGACCUUGGCCAGUAAUUGACAUGGAUAAGAUUCCUACUGGUAUCGUAGCCGUUGACGUGAAAAUCGUCGAAGGAGACGUAACGUAUGAAAGCGUAAUGUUUGCAGGACAUACUGGUUUCGAAGUGUUACGUGAUAAUUACACACUGAAACCACAAAUCGGUUGGAGUAUUUCUCUAAAAUUGUCUGCCGCUGAAGUGGAAAAAUUUCAUGAAACCGCUCGCGGAGAGGGCCGGUGGCGGUGUGAGAAGUGCGGACUGCAUUUGGAGAAGUAAAAAUCACAGGAUCGACACUGUCUGUCUCUCUCAUCUCCCAUUGAAAUAUUAUCUUUUUCAAACUUUUAAUUUACGAAAAAUUGUACUUACUAUAACCUAUUUACUAACCUAACUAAAUUGUAGACUUACGUCUUAUGUUCUGGUGCUAAGCUUUAACAACGCCCAUCAUACGGUGCCUGGGAUUUAAUUUUAUAUUUUUUGCUGCCAUUUAUGUGAUAACAAUUUGCUGUAGAAAAUUACUCAUGAAAUAAAGAGAAAUGUUUUCCCUUUCAUCAUGUA